CGAUGGAAGUCCAGAGGCGAAUCUCGGAAGAGAUCUACUCCAAAGAUAGACCUGAAACAUGCCGGGACCCAAACUAACCAUCUUAUCAAUGCCAUCAACCAGAAUGAAACAUCUUUGCUCGUGAAGAGACCUUGUCGUGGGCCGAGAAAGAAUCGUACAUAUAUCAAUCUCUCGACCCCGGCUCGCUCCCAUUUAUAGAACCGCGCCUCAAGUGUGCGAGCCGCUGUGCGCCCUUGACCACACCAGACAGAUCAGUCCAGCCAAGGCAGAGAUCAACUAAUCUUUUGCCUACGGAUAGCAGAUGUUCUGCCAUAAACUAACAUAUCAGAACCGUCCCCAUAGUUACGUGGCCUUGCACGGCACGUAACCGUUUACCCGUUCCCAGGAUCAUCCAUUCAUAGCCUGUGGCUCCCCAGGAUAUCCCCGCCCAUUCACGGAAGGCUUGAAAUCUUAUUAUAAUUACCGAUAUCUGCUGUCAAGAUAUUAAAGUAGGCAUCUGGCAGGUUAUCGAUCUCUAGCUCGCCCUUCCAUUCGUUGUGUUUCUUUUGUUUCCCUCUUCUAUCAUCAUGCCUAUCUUAAGUUAUCUAUACUCGUGGGUCAAACCACGCCAAUGCCAGCGUGAAGAACGAUCUGCGUCUUUCUCUCUUGGCAAGAAGAAGCGCGCAAAGUCAGGGCUAGAUAAGAACGAAAAGGAAGAUUUUCAGCGAUCCAAAAUAAUUCGCAAGUCAUUACAAAGUCGCGCCUCUUCAAGAGCAACCGUGCGACAGGACGAUGAAAAUGACACUGAAGAGGAGGAUAGAAAUACGAGUCUCAGGACAGACUGGAAAGCAUACGAAGCUGAUAUUCAGCGAAACAAAUCAACGCUGAUGCGAAGGCACCCGGGAGUCGAUCGUUCGAGAAUACAAACUCACGCUGGAUCCUCCUCGUCCCGACCUCAACCACAAUCUUUCUCAUCAAGCUCAACCAGCCCCUACUCUCCACUCUCACCAACGACAUCAACUUCAACAACAAGCCCAGCUUCGCCAGAAAUAGGGAAAGCAUUUUAAUACGCCAGGCUUAAAGCAUGAAGCAUGGACCAUGAAGCAAAGCCCACAAUCACGACAUAUACCAAUAUAUCUAUCUCUGCAUGACUUUAGACUAGGACUGGAAUUAUUUAUACCAUGGGAGCAGCGGCGCCGAAACGACGGGAACGGCUUCUGGUGUGUUAAAGGUGUAAUGAGAAUGAAGCUUUUGUGUAUGAUAACAAUUUCAGUUUUAAUAACGUAUUCCUAUCUCUCAGGCACCGAUUUCAUUUGUGACCUUGACAAACUUUUCCCACUGUCU